UCCGUGGGAUUAAUCCAUCCUUUCGGAGGUUAUUUUCGGCAGGCAGGCUCGCGGGCGGGCAGGGCGGCCGGAGGAAGAGCCCGCGGCAGGGGAGGGAUGCGGGAGCAGGGCAGCGGAGCCGGGCGGGACUGAGCCACCCGCAGAGCAGAGGGAGGAGAGCGGAGCGGAGCUGCCCUGCUCCCUGCUCCCGUGCCGGGCUGCCCGCAUGGCUCCCGGGCACUGUGGAGAUUGUGGGGGCUGCUGCUGCUGAGCAACCAUCCAUCGCUUUAAACUCAGCCUCAACUUAGCGCAGCAGGCAAGGAUGGCAACGCCACUGGAGCUUUGGAGCUGCCAGGAGAGCCGGGGAACCUGGGUUUUGGUCGCCGCUGUCUAAUAAAUGGGAGUAAAAUGGAAUUUCUUACUUGGGUUUUUCCUGCCUUGGUUCUACUGUGCACCCAACAGCACAGGUGUAUCAGAGCUAUGAGUGACAUCGGAGACUACAUUGGUUCCAACAUCGAAAUCUCCUGGCUGCCCAACCUGGAUGAUUUAAUGAAAGGCUACGCACGGAAUUUCAGGCCUGGCAUUGGAGGUCCCCCCGUUAACGUUGCUCUGGCCAUCGAAGUAGCCAGCAUUGACCACAUCUCAGAGGUGAACAUGGAAUACACCAUGACAGUGUUUUUGCACCAGAGCUGGCGAGACGACCGUCUGUCUUACAACCACACCAACGAGACUCUGGGCUUAGACAGCAGGUUUGUGGACAAGCUCUGGUUGCCAGAUACUUUCAUAGUCAAUGCCAAGUCUGCCUGGUUCCAUGAUGUGACUGUGGAAAACAAACUUAUCAGGCUCCAGCCAGAUGGAGUCAUUUUAUACAGCAUCAGGAUUACCUCAACAGUGGCCUGCGACAUGGACCUGUCCAAGUACCCCAUGGACGAGCAGGAGUGCAUGCUGGAUUUGGAGAGCUAUGGCUACUCCUCGGAGGACAUCGUGUACCACUGGUCAGAGAACCAGGAGGAGAUCCACGGGCUGGACAAGCUGCAGCUCGCCCAGUUCACCAUCACCAACUACCAGUUCACAACAGAAAUUAUGAACUUCAAAUCUGCAGGGCAGUUUCCCAGGCUCAGUCUCCACUUCCACCUGCGGCGGAAUCGAGGAGUUUACAUCAUCCAGUCCUACGUCCCCUCCAUCCUCCUGGUGGCCAUGUCGUGGGUGUCCUUCUGGAUCAGCCAGUCAGCUGUGCCUGCCAGGGUGUCCUUAGGAAUAACCACUGUCCUCACCAUGACCACGCUGAUGGUCAGUGCCCGCUCCUCCCUCCCUCGAGCCUCUGCCAUCAAGGCCCUGGACGUUUAUUUCUGGAUCUGCUACGUGUUCGUGUUCGCCGCGCUGGUGGAAUACGCCUUCGCCCACUUCAACGCCGACUACAUGAAAAAGCAGAAGAACAAGAUCAAGGCGAGGAGGCAGAGUGCAGAGAUCAACGUGAAGAAUGCCAUUGUUCUGUUUUCCCUUUCCAUAGCUGGUGUGAACCAGGAACUGGCCAUUUCCAACAGGCAGCACCGAAUUCCCAGGAGCCUGCCCGGCUCCUAUGGCACAAUAGAAAUAGAAACUGGAGAGACCAAGCAGCAGCCAGGGCUGAAACUGGACAAAAAGACUGGCCUGAAGUCCCUGUUCAAGCCCAUCGACGCCGACACCAUCGACAUUUACGCCCGAGCCGUGUUCCCAGCAGCCUUUGCAGCAGUCAAUGUCAUCUACUGGGUCGCUUACACGAUGUAAAAACCCAAAACAGGGAUGUUCAUGGCCAGAGCCACAGACUCAACAACACCCACGGAUUAAAGAGCCCUUGCUGAGACUGAACCGAGCCAUUUCUUCUCAAAAUAUUUUCCAACGAGCUCAAGACACUUCUAAAGUCGAGAAAGUCCUGCUAUGAAUUCCCAGAAAAAGCAGCAAUUUAUUGCUGUUCUGAUUUGAUACAGUAAGAACAGUGCUGUGCCAGACCAUCCCAGCUCCUUCCCUCCUCCAAUACCAUGAGACGAUUUUUCAUAUGUACAUAUUUGUAGCAAAAGUUUAACUCUUAAAUGACCACGGUUUUCCUCCCCUUUAAGGGUUGAUCAGUAAUGAAGAUUUGGCUUUUCACACUCAGAUAAUUACCUUUUUUGUAAUGAAAGAGUUAAUUCCUCACUUCUGCACGAGUGAUUUUCUGCAUCUGGCCUUCUGUGGGAUGGUCUAGGUUUAACAGUAGUGGGAAAGUUGGAGUUUUCAAUCAGAAAAAUCUCAUGAACAAAGUAAAAAGGAAUAGAGGGGAGUGGAGGUUUUUCUUAAAAUAUUAUUUGUCUUGGAUAAAAUAUUGAAAAAAUUCAGUGCUCUUAGUCACAGCAUGAAAUAAAAUAUACUACAUCAAAUUCUA